AUGGAGACGGGUUCAGCCACUGUUAUAGGUGAGAAGUUGGGAAGGUAGGAUACAGACGGGAAUUUAACGUAUAUUUGUACGCAACGAUAAACCAUUGUUAAUGAAAAAACGAUUCUGAGCGGAAUUCGGUUGAUAAUAUUUCUAAGUCAACAAUUUAAUAUAUUAUGUCAUAUUAUGACAAAAUAGUGUAACAAAAAAUAAAAUUGUAAAUAAUAACAGCAUUAUUUUUGUAAAUUUUUCAGUUUUAUCCCGGAUUAUCCCAGAUGAAAACCACUUGGAACGUUUGGAAGGUUAGAAAAAUUGUUCAAUCAAAAAAUGUUCCAUACUUACAUAUUAAGGCAAGAUUUCUAGUAUACAAUUUUGUCACAGUUUAUAUUAAAAGAAAAUAAAUAACAUUGUAAAACCAAUUCAUUGUUCGUUAUAUUCAGAAUCUAAAAUGGCAUAGUAUCGAUUUCGGUUGAGAAUGAAAAUACUCACAAUUUAUAGGUUUCUAGGUGUAAUACAAUUAUGUCAAACAAUUGAUAGUGCAGAGAAAAAAAUGGAAACAUUCUAUUAAAAAAAAUAUUCCCCAAUAAAUGCACAAAAAUUGUACUAUGAUCUUUGGAAUCAAACCCGAUGAUAUUUACAACCGUGUUAACUGCAAAUCUAAUUAUAUACUAAAUGAUACAUUUUUUUUAAAAAUAUUUAUUUUUAUUAUAUUUGUUUAAUCGCGUGCAAUUAUUAACAUAUUCGUCAGAACAAUUAUUAUUAUUUCAAUAAUAUCACUUGUACUUUCUUCAGUAUUUUGCACAACGGUCGUAUUUACACGAUCGCUGUAUUUUCGAAAUCUACAGCUGAUAUUGCCCAGAACGAGUCAAGUGACCGGUUGGCUUGCUGUUCAAACUGGCUUAGUGCUUAAACGCAGAAGAAAACGGUGUCGUCCAACAUCUUCGAAAAUCGACGUGCGACCAGCUGAUUUGCGAUCGACGAGAAAAGCCGCGAUCGAUGAUGACCCGGCACCGCCUCUAUUAUUGCCGAAAAUCGGUAUUGUGCAUAAACACUAUUGCUUGUGUACAGAAGACAGUAAUUUGAAAUAUCGAAUCGCCAGGAAUUAA